AUGGCCAUCCCACUCGCGGCCACCACGACGCCCAUAACUGCCACCUCCAUCACCGGUGCGUACCCUCUCGCUGUCCCCCCGCCGUAGGUGUGCCCACCAACCCCAUCACCACUCCCACAAUUCUCCAGGCGGUCACAACAACCCCUCUCACUCUCGCCACCAGUGAUUACACUCCCGACGAUCCCUUAACCACCACCCACACCCCCACCGUCCACACCACUGGCAAUGUGGAUUCCACCCUAGUAUGCCCUCAAUGCGCUCACACCCUCAUAUCACGCAUCGGCCUGGGUGGUCUCAUGAGGAUCCGUUGCACUAAGACCGGCGAAUAA